CGGUGUGUCUUCGUCAUCAGUAAUCGCCGCAUUGCAGAAGAAGGAUGGAAAUGUACGCAUGUUUACGUUAAGAGUAUAUUGAGUCACAAAAUCUGAAGGAGUAAUAAAUGUCACUGUGACUUGAUUACGGAUUUGCAUAAAACUGUCUAGGUGUCAUUGGAAUUUAUGUGAUAGGUGUGUUGCUUUGUCUAAUUAGCUUUGCCAUAAGUAAUGAUGGAGGUCUGGAGACUUGCUCUUAGUUAUUCGGCCAGUUUUGCGGUAAGGAGAAAUGUAUUGGCCAAGUUUCUUAAAAGAGAUACUGCAAACGGACUCCGUUCAGUUCGAAAAUACGGUCUUUGUCACAGUGGGUCAGUACAGACAACGGAUACAAGGGAAACUACUCAGAGUGGAUUGCGUUGGUUGAGUCCCGUCUGCCUUCAGCGCCGAUUAUUAAAUUUCUUUUCUACUGAGAGUAGUCCGUUUAAUCAAUGUCAGUUACUGGAGAGAGUGGAUUCUUUAAAAGAUGAGGAAUAUCCCGCACUUCCAGACUAUGAAUCUAGUAUUUCAUGCAAGACUGAGCAAAAUGAAGUAUUCCUAAUUCGAGCAAGAGGUGUGCCCUUCACAUGUACUGUGGAGGAUGUAUUGCGUUUCUUUUCAGAUUGCCAGGUACGAAAUGGGCCAGAUGGCAUUCACUUUACCUUUAACAAAGAUGGCAGGCGAAGUGGAGAAGUCUUGAUUGAACUGGAGUCAGAAGAUGAUGUUCAGAAGGCUUUGGCACUGCAUCGACAGUACAUGGGUCAUCGAUAUGUAGAAGUGUAUGAAUUACAUAAUCAUGAGGCUGAGAAUCUUUUAAGGCAUUCAUUGCAAAUAUCUAAUGAAACCGUGCACCUUCGUGGUCUCCCAUAUAAUGUAUGUGAGGAAGAUAUUAUCAAGUUCUUUGCUGGUUUGGAUGUCAUUCCAGGUGGCAUUAAGUUGUUGACCACUCAGAGAGGACGGAAGACUGGUGAAGCAUUUGUAACCUUUGCAUCUCCUGACCAUGUUAAGAAUGCCCUGCUGAAACAUAAAAAAACUAUGGGAAGCAGGUAUAUUGAAGUAUUUCUAUGCAGAAGAAAUGAAAUCUGUAGUUUUCCAGAGACUGAGAAAGGAGAACCACAUCCUACAGCACCCAAUACAUUUCACUCUGAGGAAAAAAUUGACAUUGAAGAUUUGACAACUCUCCCGUGUACAGAAAGCAAAGGCAGAAACUUUUUUUGUUCCACUGAGACCUGUGAAAAUUGUUAUUGAAUAUGGACCUGAUGGCAGAGCUACAGGUGAAGCUGAUGUGUACUAUGCAACUAAAGAGGACUGUGUUGCUGCAAUGGUGAAAGAUAAAUGUUAUAUUCGCCACAGGUACAUAGAAUUAUUUCUGAACUCUGCAACGUCUUCAGGUUAGCUCUGUAGACUGCAGUUACAGAAUUUCUGAGCUCAAAACAGACAAGGUUACCAAUCCAGCUACCAUUAGAGCACAGCCCUGAGAUUCCGUAAUGUACAAUCAAAAAGAUAAAGCCCGAAGAUAAAGAACUAAGCUAAAAAAAACGACUAACAAAGCCAGAAAACAGUGUAAUAAAUGUUGCUCAACAAUGCAGGAGCCAGCAAUGAUGAUAGUGAAAUGCAAACACAUUUUACAAUGACAAAGUGCAAUAAAGUACAACAAAUAAAAUGAAUGUAUGGCAGCAGCACAGUCAGAAUAAGUUAUAGUACUCCAAAAAAACAACCAAAUGUACUUAACUUGUGUUUGGAUUGUACUGGAUUCAAGUCAAACUCUAGGGAAAUAGCAGCAUGGUCACCAAGUGUUUGUGAAAUUUGACCAUCACUUUGACUGUAUCACUCACAAAGCCCAUCAUAAAUUGUCUACUCUGCACAGGUAAAAACAUGCUUACAGACAACAGCACUAUUACUACUGCACCUACCCUCCUACUGCCCAGCCUGCUUGUACGACUCUCCCAUUUACCUGAAACAAAUAUGAUGAAGUUAAGGGCAAAAGUGCUUGUCUGUUUAAUAUCUUUUAUUUUAAUAAAGACUAGACUUCUGAAAGUGUUGAUUACUUUGAAA